AUGCAGCACGAGGAUCCGCAGGACUUCGCAGAUUAUGAGUCAGCCUUUCCUGCGGGCAUUCCGCCCUUGCUCACAGUUGAAGGUCUGUCACAAGGGAGCUACUCCUUUGCAGAUGGCCCGCUACCCACGGGCGUGCAAGACAUGGAUGCACAGGGGUGGCCAGCGAGGUUCAGUGCCAAUGGGCACAAUGAUGUCCACCUUGAUAGCCUGGAUGUCCGCAGGCUGCCUGAUGAGGAUUUUACACGGAGUUCAGCAGCCAACAGCGGCGAAUGGCUAGGGGUCAUAGUCAUGGCGCCGCACUGUCAGCCCACCGAAUGGGCUAUGAAAAUUCAGCGAGGUCAAGGGGAGGAUCAUUUCCUUAGUAGUGUGUUAGACCUGGGGCCAGCCCUCUACCAAGGUCUCUUCGACACUGUGGUGCCGAUAGUGCCCCAGCGACAUACAGGAUAUGCCAUGGUCAUGGUGUUUGGCAGCGUAACUGCACAUAUUGGACCAUCGGGGCAUGUCCCGGUCAUCCUGGACCUUAGUCAUGUUGGGGGGCACUAUUAUGCUACAGUGUUGCCGACCUCGAUGGCUUAUGAGGACCUGUGGGACUAUAUCCUACCACAGACCUGGGCAGACUUUGACGAUUUCCAGAUCUAUGUCGGUUGUGCUCCGAACCCCUGCAGGGAAGGUGCACAGAUCAGGUUGCAGGCAGGGGAUGUCAUCUUGGCUCAGGACAGACCAUUGGAGCACGACCAAGAAGUCAGUUUGGCCCAUGGCCAGGUCAUAGCAUUUGCUUUGCAUGGUGCACCACCAGCCUGGGGACCAGACUUUCCGGCCAUGCUUCGCAGCGGGGACGACUGGGACUCAGACACAGCCCUACCAGGGCAUCAUGACCCGGCCCUCUGGCUUCUAGGGGACACAGAAGCGCAGCGGUUCCCUUUGGACCAGGACGGGGAAGCUUUCUUGCACUUGGAGGAUGGCCAGGUGUUGACAGUGGAGUAUGUGAGGGAGCAACCCAAUGCUUUCCAUGAGCAUGAACUGCAGAGUUCCGGUGAAGACGAAGUGCACCCGGAUGACAUGCAGGCACAGAUCCGGCUGGUUCCGACACCAUGCCGUGCCAACUCCCUUACGGAAUCUGCCAGCAGGCAGGGCAGUGGUGCAUACCGGGAGGUCAGGAUUUUGUUGGAAGCCCUCUCCAUGAACGACCUGGAAAAGGAGCAAGCACAUGGCCCCUUUCAGGAUGACAUCUCACCGGCCGCCUGGGCAAUUGCAGUCUGGGCACAAUGUCAAGAAGGCUUGUUCUUUGUGGGAUGGAGUGCACACACCACUGCACCUCCAGACACCCCAUACCACAUUGGGGAAUCUGCCGAGACGGCUGUGACAGCAGAGCUCUUAGCAGUUGCUUGGGGUUUAGCCUGGGUCCUUGAAUACGGGAUACCCUUUCAAGUGCCAAUUGAGUUUCGUUAUGAUGCGACGGCAGCCGGCGGAGGCAUUUUUGGAGAUCAGCGCUUGCCUACUGAUGAUGGAGGGACGGUUCAAGCACUUGGUGAGCCAGGGAAUGAGUUAUGCGACCUUCUAAGGCCAGCAGACGUCAACCCUCCGAUUCCUACGACAGAUGCUUACCAUUGUGGCCGGGCUUUCCGUAUGCAGACCACGGCGAAUGUACCGUUGCCGCCUAGUCAAGGGACCCAGAUUCGUGACUGCCCCAGGGCGGAAGUCGUGUUUGACAUCACGGCGGUCACCUAUAAUGUCCUUACGCUCUUUGACCCACAUGUUCCGCAUGGCCGGCGGAAACGGGCAGAAAAUGUAGGCAUGUGGGUAGCUGGAAAAAGGGCUCUGAUGAAAAAACAAUUCGCAGCUGCCGACAUGUGGCUCAUAGGCCUGCAAGAAACUCGUCUGCCAGAAAGUGCUGUGCUUCCCGAUGAUGAGUUUCUAAUGCUCUGCGCGGGGGCAGACGAGACCGGUCAACAUGGAUGCGCGCUUUGGAUAAACUUAAAGCACGUGUAUGCAAGGGUUUUGCAUGCUCCACGCGUGGCCGCCCAGGGUCUUCAGGCUGUCGAACUGUUUUGGCAGGCGCGAGCUGAGGAGCUGCAGAAGCGAAAAUCUGGUGCAGACUUCGUCAUUUUAGCUGACGCAAACGCUCAUCUGGGAGAUGUGCUAACGGCAGCUACAGGCGAAGCAGGGUCAGAGCCGGAAAAUGCAGAAGGUGAAUGCUUCCAGAAGUACCUUCAGGAUGUAGGAGGGUGUCUUCCGUCCACCUUUGCUCGAUGCCAUCGAGGAGAGCACUGGACCUGGACCUCACCGGGUCUUAAUGGAGUGCGCCAUCGCUUGGAUUACGUAGGGGUCCCACUUGAAUGGAGGGAUUUCGAGCAUGAGACUCAGGUUUGGUACGAGCUAGAAUCCCUCCAGGCCCGACAGGAUCACAUGCCCUUGUGCUACAGCUGCACCUUCUGUCAGGUUGCACCUGCGCAACGAUAUAGGACGGCUAAGCGCAUAGCUGUACGCCCGCCUAGAGACGUGUCCAAAGAAGGCCGUCGAGCCUUUGCGGCCUUCCUGGAUGCGGCGCCGCUUGUCCCAUGGACAAUUGACAUCGACGCCCACUACAACCAGCAAGUUGAGACUAUCAAACAUGGGGCGGAGAAGUUGGAUGCAGAGCCAGUUUGUCAGGCUAAUAGUUUCUACCUCAGACAGAGUAGUUUGCAGCUCAUACGCGUCAGAAGGGCGUAUCGCGCUUAUAUAGCCGCAGAGGAGACGGAACGCUUGCGCAGGGUUAAGUUGGUGGUUCUUGGUGCAUUAAGGCAUCAUGCACAGCGUGCGCGAAUAGGCAGACAUGCUCCAGACGCGGCCAACCGAUGGCUGUGGGAGAUCGACAUUAGCCUGGCGCGUGCACUGGAAAGGUACCAAGAGCUGAGCGUGGCCGUCAAAGCAGCGGUCAAAAGAGACAGGCAGAGCUAUUUGGAAGGCCUUGCCCAGCAGAUCACCAUUCAGGAUCUGCGCAAGCCACGCGCACUAUACGCAGCAGUUCGCAGAGCGUUUCCUAAAGCUGCUUCUUCACGGCGGUCACGGUUCCAGCCGUUGCCGGCAGUCAAACUGGCAGACGGCAGUUUGGCCAGCACCCCGGAAGAUCGAGCACAAAGGUGGACCGAAUUCUUUCAGGAGCAAGAGUGUGGUUCUCAGGUUACGCCCUCCGAGUACAUUGCGGUUUUUCACGAGCCGGACAUACCGGUGUUGUUUCAUGGUCCGGUUUUUGAUGUUCAUGCCAUCCCCACCAUAGGGGAAAUGGAACAGCAAUUGCACACCAUGAAGUAUGGCAAAGCGAGUGGGCCAGAUGGGCUGACGGGUGAAUUAGUCAGGGUAGCUGUGCCGGCCGCAGUCAGGGCCUUCUACCCCGUCAGUUUGAAAGCGUCUCUUGGGGUUCGCGAGCCUUGCGAAUGGCGCGGCGGAGCGCUUAUGACAUUGGCUAAGCGUGCGCUUGCCACGUAUGAGUGCCAAGAAUUCCGCUCCAUCCUGUUAGCCAGUGUUAUGUCCAAAGCCCAGCAUCGCUUGCUUCGCAAUAAGCUCACACCGGCGUUUCAAGAGUACAAGACAGCCCUUCAGGCCGGUCAGUUGCCAGGCACGGGUGUUGAUAGCCUUAUCCUUCUGACCCGGGCCUACCAACUCCGAGCACAGCACCGCCGCUAUGCAUCGGCUCUGACGUUCUUUGACGUCAAAGCAGCAUUUUACCGCGUCGUCAGGCAAUCCCUUCUGCCGACCGCUCAGGGCGUCACAGAUGCAGGUUUCCUCCAGGUCCUCCAUAGCCUAGGGGUCCCGGAUCAUGCACUGCCCGAGUUGACUACACACCUGAGUGCCAUGGCAACGCUGCAGGAGGCAGGGGUGAGUCAAUUCACCCAAGCCCAAAUCAGCGAUUUGUUCCGUGGUAGUUGGUUCCGACUGGAUGCCUCAGGGCCCCUGGUCGCGACCCGCAAGGGUACGCGGCCAGGGGACCCUUUGGCAGACAUGCUGUUUGCGUUUUCAUUUGCCGCGUAUUUAAGAAGUGCUCACCAAGCACUCCAGGCUGCACAGGUUGAAACAUGGGUGCCGCCGUCACCAGUGUCGUUCGAAGGCUUGUGUGAGAAUGAGGUGCCGGAGGUGGGUUGUCUGGCUUGGGCGGACGAUUACACCCAUCUGCAAAUGGCCAAGAACCCCGAGCUGCUUCUCAGCCUGGUAGUGCAGGCCACAGAGAUCCUCACGACACAUGCAACUGCGAACGGCAUGCAGCUCACCUAUGCCGAGGAUAAAACGGCCACUCUUUUGUCGGCCAACUGUCCCCGAAGUGGAACCUCCGACUACCGGGUUCCGGACCGGCAUGGCCGGCCAGUCCUUCGGAUUCAAGACAGCAUCACUAAGGCUGUCCACGAGAUGCCUGUGGUUUCCAGCUAUCGGCACCUGGGCAGUGUUGCAGUGGCGAACGCUACACCCUUAGCAGAGGUGCAGUACAGAUACGCACAGGCACGAGCGGCCCUGCGACCACUGCAGGCGAAGCUGUUCGGGGCUAAGGGCAUCCCGCUUGGAUUGCGCAGGACGUUUUUGCGGUCGCUUGUUUUGACAAAAUUUACCUUUGCCAGCGCCAGCAUCAUUUUGCAGGCGAAGCAACAUAGGCGACGAUGGUGUCAAAACUUCGUGUCCCUAUGGCGUGGCCUUCAGAAAAGGUGCAAACCGGAGGACCAGGUGCACAGUUACGAUGUGCUUAUCGAAGCUGACAGUGCCUCACCACUGUUGAUGUUAGCACAUGCCCGAGCGGUGUUGUACGCCAGGUUGCAUAAGCAAGGGCCGCAGGCAUUGCUUUUCAUGCUCCAUGCACAUUGGAAAGAGACGGAAAGCCAAUCCUGGCUUGGUCAAUUUGUGUGGGACUUGAGGGCUGCCAAGCCUUAUUCAGAUUGGGCACAGCAGUUUCUUGCUAGCGGGCAGCCGGUUCGAGCUUUGCUGAGGGCGCUAGAAGAUGACCCGGGUGGCAGGCUAAUGGCCGUCCCCAGCACCCGGAAACAGCUCCACCAGCUCAGGAUGGUGCCUUUGUCUGCUCAGUGUGUAAUGCCGCCUUCCGGCUACGAAAGCAUCUAG